AUGCCUGAUGAGGCACUGAGGUUAGACAAUAAAUAUCGUCAUGUUUCUUUUAAAGCUAAAUUGACAUUCAUGAGUCUUAUCAUACUAAUUUUAGUAAAAGUAAGACUUGUAAACAGCAUCUUUUUUUUUAUGGGAAGCUCUGGUUGUGUGGUAUUGGCAGUGUAUUGGUGUAUAUUUGCUAUGGUUCCUCGAGAGCCCUACAAGCCAAGGAUAAGAUCAAAUAUUGCCCUUAAAUUGAGCAGAUUAAUGGACAAAGAAAGGCGAAACCUUGAUAUUGAAACCACCAAAUUAAAUGAGCCUAUUUUCGAAGAGUCCUUUAUGAUAUCUGAAACAAUUAACGACACAAUUGACCUAAUUGUUAAAGAAUUUAUUGAAAGUUGGUAUAAUCAAAUUUCCGGUAGUAGGAAGUUCACUAAUUCAAUUAAGUUGGAACUAAGGUAUAUAUUUAGAAACUUGGAGCAGAGGUUAAGGACAAUUGACUUCGCCAAGUUUUUAGUGUCUCGGGUGCUACCAAUGUUGAACGAUCACUUUGAUGAAUUCAUCAAAGCUGAGCUGGCUGUGAGAUCCAAAGUUCAUAUAAAUAAGGCUAAGCAAGGGCUGAAAGAAUUCGAUUUCGCAGUCGCUCGUUAUUACGAUAAAGGUAACCUUCAUCCUGGUGUAACGAUUUCCAUUGAUGCUCCGAAUGACGUUAAUGAAAAGACAUAUUUGAGAAAGAGCAUUAAGAGAAUAUUACCUUACUUAUUGUCUUCGAAAGAAAGCAACUCGGAGAUGGCUAAUUCUUUAGUAACAGAAAUAUUGGCGUGCACAAUACUAUCGAAUAUCCUUCAAAUGCUAAGUGAAGCAGAUUUUUAUAAUAUGGCAAUAGUAAGGUUAGUUGGUGAUAAUUUGAAACACCGUGACCAAGUAAAGCGACUUCGAGCAGCAUUGGAUGAACAUACUCGUUCGCUAUCAAACAAGAUAUCGGCAAGACUGCUUCGAGUUCCGAAUUACAAGAAAUCCUUAGAGCAGUUGGAGAAAGAAUUUUUUGACAUUAAUUUUACUGAAGAUGAAUUCAAUCAACACUUGGACCAAAUAUCGAAGAUGGACUCUAUGGAGCAGUUGAUGCAACUUCAAUCUCAAUUACAGAUUCUUCGAAAGUCCUCAAAAUUUGCUUCAGGCGGUUUUUCAGAACGUCGCGUUAUUGCUCUAGAGAAUUCCGUAAAGCACAGAUUGAUGAAUGAAGAUCUCCUAAAGAAAAGAUCCAUUAAAAGGAUGUCAGGCUCUGAUUCUGAAUCAUUGUCGUUGUCUGAAAUACUUUAUAGGCCACUGAGUUUUGAAAGUUUUUAUAACUUCAUGCAAAAAAGAGGUAGGGAAUCUAUUCUUGGCCUAUGGAAAGAUAUUGAAAACAUUAAAGCUCCUCUCGAAGAUUCUCUAAUUGGUGAAAAUGGAGAAAUUGAGAUUGGAUUAUCAUUAAAGUUUUCGAACCUUGAUGACAUAAAAAAGAUUUAUCAUACCUAUUUCUGUGAUCCACAUAUGCUUAUUGAGUCCGAUAUCGUCGAAACCGUUAAAGAUCUAAUAAAAAGUGAAGGACCUGAGCAAUUGAAACUCUACCAAAAAUCCAGAAAAUUAAUUUUCAAGUUGCAGAAUGAGCUUUAUGAUAGAAUGAAUGAAGAUUUCUCUCUCUUCAAGCAAAGUAAUGAUUUCCGCACUUUAAUAAAAUCUAAUGCUUUAGACUCGAACAGAGCUAACUCUGAUGACUUGAAAUCUUUAUUUUAUGAUGUGCCAGUUCUAGAAGAUGAUGGCGGGAAUGAGGAAGAAGUGAUUAGCCCCGCGGUAGUAAAAGCUGUUCAGGAUGCGUUCACUCAAAUAAUGACUAAUUCUCGUAAUGCUGACGACCCCAUACCUCUGCUGGAGAAGUCGCUUUCUUCAGCUUCGAUACCCAACCAAGCAGAACCCACUUACGAUAUCCAAAAAAAUAUUUUUGGCGAUGGCUCUAGUCUAUUUGGAGAUGAACCUAAAACUAAUAUCAUCAAGCAACCUAAGCUUUUUGAUGACUACACGGAUGAAUCAGAAGCUGACAGCGACUCUACAAAUUUUGAUUCUGACAACCAAUUGCAAAGUUCCCUUGAACUAGAAAAUGGAAGUGAUUCCGGGCUGCAAUUAUUUUUAGCUGCUCCGGGAAAUUUAAGUCUUUCAGAAGAAAUUACUAAGCUUGGUGAUGAUAUUGAGCGUUUGUCAGAUCAGCAAGCAAUAUUGGACCCUUUAUUGAGAAAAGCUGAAUUGACAAAUAAUAUCAGUGAACUCAAAAUUCUAAAGAAGUCUAAAUUAGGGCUAGAGAGGGAGAUAAAGUCUAAAGAGUUACAAAGGCAACAAUAUAUAGUUCAAGAAAACGAUAACAGUCUUUACGGACGAUCCAGGGUUUGCAUUCAAUCCUACAUUAGCGACAGUGAAAAUGGAAAAGAAUUUACCUUAUAUAUCAUCGAGGUUCAAAAACUAUCUCAUGAGGACCCAGACGUCAUUACCGCGGGAUGGAUAGUUGCAAGACGGUUUAGUCAAUUUUUCAAGUUAAAUGAAUAUUUGAAAUCGAAAUUCCCUCAAAUAUCUAACAUUAAGUUUCCGAAGAGAAAGGUCCUGGUUCUAAAGUUUCAGCAGCGACAACUUGCAGAGUUAAGGAAAUCAGCAUUAGAGGAGUACUUAAAAGAGUUGAUCAAGAUUCCCGAAGUCUGCUACAAUAAGGCAUUUAGAUCGUUUCUUUCGUCGGAGAACUUUAACUUAAGAAAAAACCAGCCCUUUGAAGAUGGCUUAAAUGUAACCUACAGGAAAACAAAGAAUGACAUAGAGACAGUCGCCAAUAAAUUUUACAGUGGUUUAUCAAACCGUGUUCUUCCUUCUUUCAUGUCCAUAGAGCAACCGUCUCGUGAAGAUGAUACUAAGGUUAUAGUUGAUAUUAAAGGAAUGCAAAAUGAGUUGAAGCAAUAUGAUGAUAUUAGUAAUAAUGAAGCAAGAACCGCAUUCGUCAAGCCAAUUUGUGACAUCCUCAUUUCAAUAUUCAGGUUAAACAUGUCUAAGACUUGGCUUAGAGGUCGUGCUCUAUUGGUAAUUUUACAGCAAAUAUUUGGAACAACAAUAGAAAAGAAGAUAUACGAUCAAGUUGAUUUUCUUCUCCAAACCAACGAAAGUCUUUUGGAUCUCUGUAUAUUUGUGAAAGAUUUACUAUUUCCGAAUGGAAAAUUCAGGGAUCCCCCUGCUAUCCGUACCAUUUAUGAUAGAGUCACUACAAAGCAUGAAGCAAACGUGCUUUUGUCUAUGUUUAUGAAUGAGACAUGCUCCAAGAUAUUUGGAUUAUCUAAUACUAACUACGCGGUCACAAAUAUAUUCGGUAUGGUUCAGAAUGAAUACUUAAAUAAGCAUAUAGUUCUCGAGAUAUUUGACGGAAUUGUCAGUGAAUUGUUUCCGGAGAUAUAA